CUGUCCGUCUUCCUUGUCAAUAUUGUCGAACAGUACAUUUCCCAGGAGGUAGUGCUUAGCUUGCUAGUACCAGCAGCAACCUAUCCAAAAAACCAAACCAUGGCUCUCAUAAGCCAACACCUCACUCUUCCUCCACCAUUUCCCUUCCUUCACAAUCACUCUCCAAACUCUCCCUUCUCAAACCCUUGCCUCUUUAUGUUCUCCAAAAACCUCAGACUUUUCUCUCUGCACGCAGCUUCCUCCUCCUCCACUCCCACUCCCAAUUCUCACUCCUCAACCCCCAUUUUCCUUCCCUUUCUCCAAGACGACGACGACGACGAAGAAGAAGAAGAAGAAGAAGCAGAAGACCUGCAAGAACUUGAAGAAGAAGAAGAAGAGGAGGACCCAGAUGAUCCAAUUCUCAGAUUCUUCAAGUCUCGCAGUUCAACCCAGGACCCUCAACGUGAAGGCAAGCUCUCUCUUCAAAAGAACCGUCGCUCUUCUUGGCGUUUAGCUGACGAUACCCAACUCGUAGACGAAUCAGAAACUGACUCUGGCAUCGAAGGAGUGCUUGAACAACAAAGGGAACAAGCCAGACCAUUGAAUUUUGAUUCAAGGGCGUUGUCUGAGGAAAUUGUCGAAGAAAUUUUGCAAAAAGCAAGGACGUUGCCGCAAAACUUGACAUUGGGAGAGGUAUUGGGAGGUUUUGAAGGAAGGGUUGGUGAGAAAGAGUCUGUGAAAGUGUUGGAGUUGAUGGGCAAGGAGGGCCUUUUAAUGGGUUGCUUGUAUUUCUAUGAGUGGAUGGGUUUGCAGGAAACUUCUCUAGUUACUCCUAGGGCGUGUUCAGUUUUGUUUCCCAUGUUGGGGAGAGCUGGAAUGGGCGAUAAGUUGAUGAUUUUGUUUAGGAAUUUACCAGCUAAGAAGGAGUUCAGGGAUGUUCACGUUUAUAAUGCUGCAAUUUCUGGCUUAAUGUGCUCUAAGAGGUAUGAUGAUGCUUGGGAGGUAUAUGAGGCAAUGGAAGCAAAUAAUACACUUCCGGAUCAUGUGACAUGUUCAAUUAUGAUUACUGUCAUGAGAAAAGUUGGCCGUAGUGCAAAAGAUUCAUGGCAGUUCUUUGAGAGAAUGAAUAGGAAAGGCGUCAAAUGGAGUCAAGAAGUUUUGGGUGCUCUUAUAAAAUCAUUCUGUGAUGAGGGGCUGAAAAGUGAAGCCCUUAUCAUUCAAGUAGAAAUGGAGAAGAAAGGGAUCUCAUCAAAUGCCAUUGUUUAUAAUACUUUAAUGGAUGCUUUUUGUAAUUCCAACCAAGUUGAAGAAGCUGAAGGUCUCUUUGCUGAGAUGAAAUCAAGAGGCGUCAAACCAACAGCAGCCACCUUCAAUAUUUUAAUGAGUGCAUACAGCAGAAAAAUGCAGACUGAGAUUGUUGAGAAGCUGCUGGUAGAAAUGCAGGAUAUGGGAUUGGAGCCAAAUGUCAAAUCCUAUACAUGUCUUAUCAGUGCGUAUGGGAGGCAGAAGAAGAUGAGUGACAUGGCUGCAGAUGCAUUUUUGAGGAUGAAGAAAGCUGGUAUAAGUCCAACUUCACAUUCUUAUACAGCUCUCAUUCAUGCAUUUUCAGUCAGUGGUUGGCAUGAGAAAGCUUACAUUGCAUUUGAGAACAUGCAAAAAGAAGGCUUAAAGCCCUCCAUAGAAACAUAUACUGCUUUACUGGAUGCAUUUAGGCGUGCUGGGGACGCGCAGAUGUUGAUGAAAAUAUGGAAAUUGAUGAUCAAAGAGAAGAUUGAGGGGACUAAGGUGACAUUCAACACUCUUCUUGAUGGAUUUGCUAAACAAGGUCACUAUAUUGAAGCAAGAGAUGUGAUUUCUGAAUUUGGAAUUAUAGGUUUGCAGCCAACAGUGAUGACAUAUAAUAUGCUGAUGAAUGCAUAUGCACGGGGAGGGCAACACUCAAAGUUGCCGCAGCUGUUGAAAGAGAUGGCAGCUCUCAAUUUAAAACCUGAUUCUGUAACAUACUCGACCAUGAUCUAUGCCUAUGUCCGUGUUCGUGAUUUCAAAAGAGCAUUUUUCUACCACAAGCAAAUGGUAAAAAGUGGACAAAUGCCAGAUGCCAGGUCUUAUGAGAAGCUUAGGGCAAUUUUGGAUGUAAAAGCUGCAAGAAAGAACAAGAAGGACAAGAGUGCUAUACUCGGUAUAAUUAAUAGCAAAAUGGGGUUGUUGAAAAUUAAGAAGAAGGGAAAGAAAGAUGAGUUCUGGAAGAACAAGAAAAAGCCCUACGUGAGAACUGAUAACUCACAGUGAUAAUCCUAUUAAUGGAGUUGUGGCACGAAGGCCUAUCUUCAGCUCAUCAUAUUCUGGCAUUCCCUUCAAACUUUCAGAAAGUUUACCAGAUAGUUGUUUCGUCUCAGGGCACACUGUCUAAGUUGGGAACUUGGAGAAAAGCAAAACCACACCAAAGUUUUAUGGUGAAAGUCUCUACAAGAUUUGUAAGGCCCUUUGCUAAACAAGAGGAUUGGCUGCAGCUGAUGUAUGCCAGUUUCCAUUAAUGUGACUAGUCUAAUCUUAUUCGGCUGACUGACACCCAUUGAAGAUUAGUAGGCUUACAGAUUCUUGUUCUUCCUGGUGCACAUGUCCCAGGCAGAUUUCUCUUCCCAGGUCCACUUCUUUUCUAGGGUUGGCCGUGGCCUCUUCAGUCUUCAAGAGGACAAUAGCAACUCCAUAUACAGUCGUAAUUAUUCCAAAAUCCAGUUGCAACAUCUUUUUCAUAUGCUUUGAUACGAAGAAUCAUCAUGAUAUCCGGCUUUCUUUGAAAAUCUAAGAAUGAAAGGAACCGCAUGAGAAUCAGGAAGCCGAAAUCUCUUGAGAAUCAACCUUGUCUGAUUGGUGAACUAGAACUCCAUUCACAUCAAGUUGAUGAAGGCUCAACUUAACGGUUUUUCAAUAUAGUUCUGGUUUACACUUCUAGUUACUUUAGGUUUGUUGCACUUGUUCUCUAACUUUCGGUUCAAUGAAAGUUCGAAUUUUCAUUUCUUUACGUUAUUCUGCAAAAAUUCUUGGGUAGGGCGGUCACACUGCAGUGUAAGUAAUAUCUUACUUGUUGACUUAUUAA